AUGACCAUUUUGCAUAACCCCGGUCUUCCGCGCGUCCUCAACCGCAUCACCCCGCAACGUCUUGAGUUGACGCUUAUGCUCAUUAAGGAGCGGAAGAAGAAGCUGCGAUACCUUGGCAGCUACCUCCAGCACUACAAUGAUCGCACGUUUCUGUACAAUGCAAUGGGAGGGCUCAAGGGGACGAAGUUUAUUCUUGAGCGUCAUCAUCAUAGGGCUCAGUUCUGCCACCCCACUCUUCACUCGGAACGCUACGACGUUCGCACCGUCAAAUUAAAGGGGUCACAGUUUGACCAAUUAGGAAACUUUACACGUAAUACAUGGGAUUGCUCGAUUGCCACAACAAAUCUUUUCCAGGACGCAACAUUCCGUCGUCACCUCACUUCUGUUCACAAGGAUGAGGCUAUUGCCCUACUGGAAGGUUGGGGGGUAAAGUACGUUCUACUAGAUGAAAUACGUAAGCCAACGGUACAGGACAGCAUUUACGUGCGGCAUCAUCUAUAUGCACAUAAAUUUCCGUAUAUCCCAGACCCGGUCACCAAUGCGUACUACGGUGACGCCGACUGGAAGUGGAAGGGCGAUCAGAAAAUUGACUACAAGGAACACGGUGCUGAGACGAAGGAUGAUCGGAAUACCUUCCGGAGUUUAUGGUCAUUUGCUCCUAAAGCAAUUAGUAGCGCAUCGGGUGUGGAAACGAAGAGGUUGGCGUCUCCUGAAAGGGCAACAACACCAAAGGAUUUAAAGAAGGAGAAGUGA